AUGGCCACAGAUCCAUCAAAAUACAAGUUUAAUCAUACCAUGAUUCGCGUAAAGGAUCCAAAAAGAUCAGUUGAAUUUUACAAUUUUCUGGGCCUUUCGCAAAUCAACAGACUCGAUUUCCCAGAGAACAAGUUCUCCCUUUACUUCCUUGCAUAUGACGGCCCACAGGCCCUAUCUGGCUCCCGCCACUGGACGGAUAGAAAUGGCGUUAUCGAACUUACUCACAAUUAUGGAACCGAAAAUGACCCUUCGUAUACUGUCUCGAACGGCAAUGUCGAGCCUUAUCGCGGAUUUGGCCAUCUCGCUAUCUCAGUGGAUAACAUCGAACUCACCUGCAAGCGCCUGGAGGAUGCCAACUUCAGCUUCCAGAAGAAGCUCGCCGAAGGGAGAAUGCGAAAUAUUGCCUUCGUCAAAGACCCAGACGGAUACUGGGUGGAAAUUAUCCGGAAACAUCAAACAGAUGCGGCCGUUGCACAGACAGAUCCAUCCACCUACCGGAUGAACCACACCAUGGUCAGGGUCAAGGACCCGGAAGCAAGUUUGAAAUUCUACCAGGAGGUUUUUGGAAUGACCCUUCUUCACACGCUCGAGCUUGCUGGUGCGGAUUGCAAUCUGUACUUCCUGGCGUAUCCUUCAUCCAAUCCCUCGCUUCAAGAGGGUGAUGCCAACCCAGUCGCAGAUUGGGAAGGGUUGCUGGAAUUGACCUGGAAUCGCGGCACAGAGAAGCAAGAAGGGAGAGUGUAUCAUGAUGGCAAUUCGGAGCCUCAGGGAUUUGGACAUAUCUGCGUAUCAGUUGACGAUCUCGAUGCUGCCUGUGCUCGUUUCGAGGCACAAAACGUAACCUGGAAAAAACGUCUGACUGACGGGCGGAUGAGGAAUGUUGCCUUUAUCCUAGACCCAGACGGUUACUGGAUUGAGAUCAUCCAAAACGAGUCCCUUAAAAACAGAAGCCACUGGUAG